AUGAAGUGUGGUUUUUGCUCAUAUUUUCCUUUUUAGGUCCUUUCAGACCUAUAAAUCAGGGCCACAUAUUGAUUUCCCUCCUUUGUAAAUAUGGAAUUUUAUUUUUGUUAAUCCCUACACGCAAAACAGGUUUGUAGGGAAACCCAUCAGACAAACAUCACAGAGUAUAAGAAUGGAUCCAGAACAUAAAUUAGAACUGUAACAAAACUACAAGGCCAUUAUACACAUUUCUGAGACUAGUGCCUAGUUUUUGUUUUAAAUGGUCUUCCUCUCCCUCCUCCAGAAAAAUACCAAUGACUAAUAUGUGAAAGUCAAUGUUCCUUUGUUGAAUAUUUUCCUCUACCUUUGAGGGACUCUCUUGUCUCACAGUUUUGCAGCUAUCAGAGAGUCGAGCUGCCGCUGCCCAGUGCUUCCACUCACUGUGCAAAAAACCCCAUGAGGAGAUUUCAAAGUCACUGGGAAACCGUGAGACACCUGAACCGACAGAGGCCUCACCGAGGCGGGGUGUUCACGGUCCAGAGCCUUGCUGCUCAGAACCAAAGCUCGGACGUGAAUGAUUUAUCUUGGUGGAGAGUUAGGAGAGGCAACUUCCCUCCAGAUGAUUUACCAUGUCACACAGCAAGGCUUUGGCCGUGUCGUCCACUUCACUAUAAGCCGACGAGUAAACGUGGGCUGUGCUGCAGCAAGCCAAUAAGUCAGUGUAGAGUCUGUUACACCCACCUGCUCUGGGAGCAAAGUCUGCCGCGCUUGACACCUUCAGUCUACAGCUCAGUUCUGAUGGACAACGUCGCAGAAGAGCAAGACAGAGGAAAUGAGGACGAGACAGAAGAAUGUGUUUCCGCCUCCCAGUGUUGGACCAGGUCCCGUCCACACCUCAGUGAACCUUACUACUCUAGUAUACGUGACUACCUUCAGCCUCCACGGCCUCAAAGCCCUCGUAUCCGCACAGCUCCCCCAAGUCCCAUGCGUCCUCACUGUGUCACGGGGAUGCCACCUGUGGAGCUCGCCAAGCAGGAGAGUCUGGAUGAGCUCAGGACAACUGUGCAAAUGGCCGCCAGCUCCAUGGAGAGCAGCACCAGGGACAUCAAGCUCCUGGGGGAGAAGAUGGCAGUCGCCAUUGAACAAAUGUCUGAGACAGUGCAGGACAACUCACAGGCCUUAGUCCUCCUCGCUGAGGCGGUGGAGCGGCUUCAGAUUCUCCUCACCAACACUAGGACUGACAUCAACUCACCUAAUCCUGCAGUCUGUGAGGAAAACAGCUCACCAAGAUAUAACACAACAACCCAAGAGGAACGUCUGUCUCUGACACACCAAGCUAAAUGUUCCUUCCCCUCACUUCUCUCCAGUACCACCUCCUCCAGCUCCCUCAGCAGCUAUCUGGACACUCCCUCCACCUCCUUGGACACCAGCUGCCUGUCUGUGUCCUGCCACGGAUCACCUCGACCCACAGUAGAAACCAGAAACACUGUCUCACCAUGGAAGCAAACAUCCAGGCAUACACUGACCAACAGCCUCGAUGAGCCCAAGCAGAAUGGUGGUUACUUAAAGCCACGGAAAAAGAAGAAGAAGAAGAAGAAGAAAAAGAAAAAGAAGAGGAAGGCAUGAAGGAUGCUGAAGGCUGACUUCUAAACAUGCACAGUGAGCAGCAGUUGACCUUUUUUUCCAUCGUCUUGUGGACCCUUUCAUUCUUUCAUUUAUUUCCACUCUUGCUUUCCUUUCACCAACCAUGUCAAAAACCUGGAGCAUUCAUCUCAAGAACGUCAUUUGUUGUUGUGUCUUUGCACGGACUGUUUUGGUUUUAUUUGAGCCUGUUUGUAUAACUGGCUCACGUUUGUUUAUUCUGUGUCUUUGGUCUCUUUC